AUGGGCGGUCUGGUCGUGGCCAUGAUACGUUCUGAUGGGUCAUGUAUUGCAGGUAUAGCACAGGUGACGUGCACAUUUUUAUUGGAUGCCAGAGAAUUCUUCAUUUUCUCUUUCUGUUUUCCCUUCGUCUAUCUUGUUGCCUUCCUCCUCUUUUUGCUAUCGUUUCCCUUCGAUUCCCUUCCACUUUCUGCUCCCUCGCAGCUGGACUUCCAGCUGAUGUGCCACUUUUUCUGGUUCAGCUAUGCCCGCCGCUGGCGCACAGCAUCUGUUCUGGGGUCUGCACAAAACGCUGCUCCCAAUACAGCCGCGGCAUUCGUUGGUGCGCAAGGUGCUGCGCGUCGAUCCACCACCACAAGCCCUUCCAGCACCCCAUCCAUGCCUGGGCAGCAGCAAGCAAACUCGGGACACAAUGAUGCAAGUCAGCAUCUUGAGAAUCGGAGAAUGCACCAUCAUCUGAGUCAAGGACGGGCAGUUUCUGGCAGUGCACCAGGCAAAGCAAGGAGGGGGAUGAAUUCGACACCAGCAGAUACACACCUAUCAGUGCGUCAGGGGAUGGCAGCUGGUGGGCCAGCAGAUGGUGCUUCUGAUGGCUGGAAUCGGGUUGCAGGCAGUAAAGCCAGAAUGCAGAAUCAACACCUUGUGGAUCCACAACUUGAAGCAGCCGAUGAUGGCCCUGCUGGCACAGAGGCAAUGGGAUUGGAUGAUUUGAGGACGUGUGGUGUGGGAGGGGUGAAAAGCGCUGCUGUGCAGUCGUCUGCGGCGCCUGCAAGAUUGCUGCAGGAUAUGCAGGACGAGGUGGAGAGUUUGCAGCAACGCAUGCAGGAUUUCUGCAACAAACAUCGCAUCGACGAGAGAAUCCAAUGUGACCUUGGACAGCUGUUUGGAACGUCUCUGUGUGCCGUAUUGGACAGUGCCAGGGGCCUGCACGACUUGCAUGAGGAACAGUCAAUGGUGCUGCAACGAAUAGUUGCAUUUGUGUCAUCCUUGCCAUCGCAUGGACUGGCAGAAGACAACUUUCCAGAUUUUGUCAAGGGCCUCAUCGCUCGGAACCAAGGCCAACCUGCAACAUCUGACCAUGCCAGUCCUGCUGCCUCAGCCAAGCCAGCGCCAGGGAAAGGCCAGUCUGAUGCCAGUCCCAGCACACCAAUCCAGGGCGAUGUCUCUAUCUCAGGCACAGUCAGGCACCAUGUUGAAGCAACGGUAAAGAAAGAACCUCCGGCGCUUUGCAGUCAAGCAGAAGGCAACGAGGAGCACAUGGAUGGUGCUCAAGGGACCUCGGCGAGUCAGAUGCCACCUGACCUAACACCAAAGACUGGAUCUCGGCCAAGCCAGAAGCUCCCUGGCCCAAGUGCGCAAACUGAACCCCAGAUGGAUGCAUCCCUGGGCGCCAGCAGCAGGGCGCAACUGAUGCAGGGGGUGGCCUCAAACCUGGGUAGAGGCGACUCAGCCAGUGUCCCAAGAAGCCAACCACAGCCUCGAGAUGUGGCCUCAGGGCCAGGCCAGCCAGCUGUCAACGGGAACAGCCCAGCAGCUCUUGAUUCUGCCACAAGGUUGCCAGCGGCAACAACCAUGGCACAGAACUUGCAAAGAAGUGGAUUGGCUGCAUCGGCAGGCACAGUGCCAGGCCCUCAGGCUCCCAGGCUGGGCAUUAUGAGCCCACAGCCUGGGAUGGCGGCCCCUAAGCUGGCUGAAGCUGCUGCUCAAGGUGUCAGUGCUGCAGGGGUUCAGAAGGCAGGGACUGUGGUGCGGGCACCUGCGGAUGGGAUGAGGACGAAGGCACCGAUGGGCAAGGAAACGGAGCCAGAGAGGCAGCAGAUGGGAACCAGCACUCAGGCAACUGCAGCCAGGACAGAGAGUUCAGUGUUGGUGGAGGCUGCCACACGCAGGGAUCAGAUUUCAUUGCCCUCACAGUCGAACGGGAGCAUGGCACAGCAGCCUCAGGCCUCGCAAUCGAGGGGAGGCUUGGCACCGAUGGCCACACAGCCAAUUGGGGCAAGUUCGCAAAUGCUCCCAGCCUCACAGCAGACGGUGGGCCAGCUUCAGAGUGUCAUGACAUCGCAGCCAGCUGGGCUACCUGAGGUCAUGGUUGCUGGUCGAAAGGCGCCGUCAGCAAGAGCCGCUGCAAGCGGGGUCGGUGGGACCGUGCCUCAGCAGACUGUUGAUGACUCUAGGCAGGUAAUCAGGUCACCAAAUUCAAUUUCCUCAGGUGUGCCUCAGAACCAUCUGACAGGCCAUUCCCACAAGCCCAUAGCCACUGCAAGUGUACCACAACGGGAUUGUGGCAGUCAGGCUGAACCAAAAGGGGCCAUGCCUCCUUUGGCUGUUCGACAACUCCAACCCAGGUUGCCUGGGCAGGAGCCGGUGAAUGUGCCCCUUGCGGCGAUGCCUGCCACGGCAGGCACCUCUUCAUUGCCUCCCCAUCCUGGAGCAAGUUCAGUGCCACAGGCUCCCCAGCAAGCACCAAGCGAUCCUGCAUCGACUGCCAGAGUUCCCAGCUUGCCCCCUCCCAACCAUGUUGUUGCCAGCUCUGUUGGCCCCAUGCAGUUUGUCCCAACUUUGCAGCAACAGAACCUGGGGGCUGGUAAUGUGGUGCAGCCGCCAUCGACCAUUGCCAGAUCCAGCCCACAGCCCACAGCCCGACAGCCAGCACCGGUCGCAGCAGUCCCAGGGAAGAAGGGCGCAGGAGGGGCUGGAAGGCCCCGGAAGGCUGCUGACACAGAAGCCAACCUGCAGCAGAUUGGCCGCAACCUGAUUGCCCAGUUUCUGAAGACCUCACUGCCGGUCAGCAGUGAUCAGGGGCCAACACAGAGGGCGGCAUCGGCAUCUGUUCCAGGGACCAUCCCUGCAUCGAGUUUGGCACAGCCCAUUGCGAAUGCCGCUCCGGGGCACCCAGCCAAGGAGUUGCAACCCUCUGCGGGUCCCAGCUCUGGCGAUGGCCCUUCUGCUCAAACCAGUGCUGCUGCUGUAGCUGCUCCUGUCAGUAGUGCAAAGCCUCAGCCAGCAGCUAACCAGCAAAGCACAGAUGUCCCCAAUGUGCACACAGAGGAUGGGGGAGCAUCGACAGUCCUGAAGAAUGUCCCACAGAGUCAGCCACUCCAUGGCACAAGCGAGGUGAGGACCGUCCAGCCAGGCGGAGACGACGUCAUGCAAGCGGCCGAUGCUUUGGCCACAGGCAUGGAGCAGGCACAUGCAUCAAGUGGCCAAAAGCGCACGCGUGCAGAGUCUUUUGAUGAUGGGAGCUCUCUGCAGGCUGGACACAGCGGCGUCGGCGCCCAGCAGCCAUCUGCUGACCGUGGCAGCUUGGAAGAGUCUCCACACCCUGGGCCCAAGAGGCAAAAGGGGGCAGAUGCGCCAGAGCCGGCAGGCUCAAACGCCGUCAAGGGCGGUGGUCAAGACUCUGUUGUGUCAGAGGCCGCUCCCAGAGCGGCCACCAGCACUGGGGAGCUCGGUCCUCCUUCAACUGAGUUGGGCCAGAGCAGUGAGACUAUUGCGUCGGGACCAGAACCUGGCAACAGUGGCAGUGUGGAUGGGAGGUAUGCUGUCACGGUGGGCCUUGUGGUAGAAAACCAAAGGGGCACAGCUGGUGGCUGUAUGUUGAGUCAGAAUGGGGAGGCAGGCGUGGGGGAGCGGGGUCCUGGAACGAAUGACGGGCAGGUUUGCAUAAGAGGGAAUGGGCGGAACAGCAGUCACCUGGAAACGUUGGUUGCCAGCAAUGAGUCAGGGGACUAG